AAAACGACGUCUUAUUGCUCUAAUUUUUGUUUUUGGUUUUUUAAAAGUAUCUGAUCCUUUUUCUUUUUUUUUUUUAACCAAAAUAAACUGACGUUUGGCAAUGUUAACAGUAUCUUCUCGUUCUCUGUCCGAUGAAGAGUAGACAAAGUGGGUGAUUUGAUAAGAGAAUUAGAAGAAGAUGAAGAUGAAGAUGGGUAUGGGUUUUGUUACAGUCUCUCUUUUGAAAUGUAGUUUUUGGUGUUGACUUCGACGAUGAGUUCGUAGUGAUUUUGGGUCUCUGUUUUGUUGAUGAGAAUUCGAGGGCUUGGCUACUGAUCAAAGGGUGUAGUAAAGAGAGAGGAUUUGAUUCGAAAUUGUGGGAUUGAUGGAGAUGUUUUCAGUGGAUUGAAGAAGGGCGAUAUUGGGUUGAAAUCGGAAGAGACAACGUUGCUUUCUUUUCAGAUAUUAACUUCAGAUUUCAUAGCCAUUGGGUCAUUUUAGGUCUCUUUGGUUGAUGAAAAUUUGAGAGUUUUGCUCUGGUGAUGAAGGGUGUAUAGAGAAAGAGGAUUUGAUUGGACAUUUGGGGAUAGAUGAGGAAGUUUUUGGUGGAUUGAAGAAGGGUCACGCUACAACAAAAGUUGGGUAUAGGGUUCAAUUCAACUAAUGCUCUGAAAACCCUAAUUUUGUUGACCUGGGGAAGAGGAAAAGCAGAAGGGUCGCAAAAUAACUUAAACGCCUGCUAUAAUCUUCUUUUAAAACUCAGUGCAAAACCGUGUCGUUUUGCGCGGGGUGUUUUCUUAUUUUUCGAGAUCAAAAUAUCUCUAGUCACGCUUUACUAUUAUAAUGGCGGGUGAAGUUCAUCCCAUGAAUAGUGAAUUUUGGUAUUAUAAUGGUGUUCAAUGGUGAAUUUAGUUGUUGUAAAGUUACUAUUUGCUUACAUGUGAAUUUCAUAACAUUACACUAGUGAAAUUCAGCUACUUUACAUAGAAAUUCACCAUUGAUAGUGAAGUAGCUGGUUCCCAUGUCCUGUUCAUACAUAUUCAGGAAUAUGGAUGAUUUGGUGGAAGCAAAGGAUCCCACAAAAGUAUAAAGAAUAGAUGACCGGCUUUCUGUUCUUUUUUAAAGCGUCAACCCCGCGUUGAAAAAGAAUGUAGCAACACUACUUUGGGAAUAAAAUUGUAUGGUGGCUUAUGGUUUCCUAUCUUCCUGUGAUCUGCCAUUUAUAGAAUAUUCCAAUGCAGUAGGUGAUGAUGAACAUUCAUAUUUAACCAGCAGACACUUUUCCACUGAGCUUUGUUUUUUUGCUAAUUCCUUAUUAACUGUUUAAUUCAGGUAUUUAGAUUGAAGUUCAUGUGAUUUUGUAAGUUUAGUGGGAACUUUACCACAAGGGUGGACUUUAUCCGAGGAAAAUAGACCUAUUGGAGAGUUUAGUAGCUGGGAGUAUUUAAAGGAAGUUUGAUAAAGAUACAGAAUUGAGCAAGAAAAUGAAGAAAAUAUUAAGCUUACAUCAGAGGAAAAUUCUUGACCCCGAGGGGUCAUUUCUUCAGAAGUGGAAUAAAAUAUUUGUACUCUAUUGUGUGGUUGCAGUGCUCUUGGAUCCGUUGUUCUUUUAUAUACCUGUGAUUAAUGGCAAAGAGAAGUGCCUUGAUUUGGACAAGAAAUUGAAUAUCACUGCUUGUGUUCUUCGUUCAUUCAUCGACAUAUUGUACUUGCUCCAUAUUCUCUUCCAAUUUCGUACUGGGUUCAUAGCCCCUUAUUCUCGAGUAUUUGGAAGGGGUGAUCUAAUUCAUGAUUCUUAUGCUAUAGCAAAAAGAUACUUGUCUUCCUACUUCAUCAUUGACGUUUUAUCAAUUCUUCCCUUUCCACAGGUGGGUGUUUUAGCCAUGACCCCCAUAAGAAAGAUCCCUAUUCCACUGAUCUCAAUGAAUUGGAUGGAAAUUGUCUUUCUCUUACAAAUCAUAACAAGACUUUACCGGAUCUAUCCACUAUAUAAAGAAGUGACAAGAACUUCUGGCAUAUUUACUGAAGUAGCAUGGGCUGGAACUGCUUUCAGUCUCUUUCUCUUUAUCCUAGCUGGUCACGGACUUGGAGCUUUAUGGUACUUGAUCAGUAUACAACGAGAAUAUAGUUGCUGGCGCAUUGCAUGUGAUAGACAUGAAUUUAGCUACGACUAUUUGUACUGCGGAGAACACCGUAUAGAAGACCAUGCAUUUCUAAAUGUUUCUUGCCCCCCUCUUGAAUCAAAUGAAAUAAAAGAUGAAACGGACUUUGACUUUGGGAUAUUCCUUGAGGCUCUUCAGUCUCGUGUGGUGGAAUGGAGAAAUUUUCCACGGAAAUUCUUUUACUGCUUUUGGUGGGGUCUCCGAAAUCUAAGUUCUCUUGGACAAAACCUCAAAACAAGCUCAUUCAUUGGAGAGAUUCUCUUUGCUGUCUUCAUUUCCAUCCUUGGAUUGGUUUUAUUUGCGAUGCUCAUUAGCAAUAUGCAGGAAAUAUAUAUACAACCUAUAACUGCUAGGAUGGAAGAGAUGAGAGUAAAAAGGAGAGAUUCAGAGCGGUGGAUGGCCUACCGCAUGCUCCCUGAGAAGAUGAGGAAGCGGAUUAGGCGGUAUGAAGAGUACAAAUGGGAUAGAAGCAGAGUUGUUGAUGAAGAGUCUUUGGUUUGCAGCUUUCCUAAGGACAUCAGAAGGGACAUAAAGCGCCAUCUUUGCAGGGAUUUAAUCGGGAGAGUUCCAAUGUUCGACAAAAUGGAUGAACAAUUGUUGGAUGAAAUAUAUGAUCGUCUCAAGCCAGUUCUUUAUACAGAGAACAGCCUCAUAGUACGUGAAGGGGAUCCCGUUGAUGAGAUGCUCUUUGUGAUGAGUGGCAAACUAUCGAGUGCAAGCACUGAUGGUGGGCGAACUGGAUUUUUCAACAAAGUUUAUCUUAUGGCUGGUGAUUUCUGUGGAGAAGAGCUUCUUACAUGGGCUUUGGCUCCCCACUAUUCAGCCAGUCUUGCCACCUCAACCAGAACAGUACAAGCUGUGACUGAUGUUGAAGCUUUUGCUCUAAUGCCUGACGACCUAAAAUUUGUGGCCACCCAGUACCGGUGUCUUCACAGCAAACAACUCCAGCACACUUUCAGGUUCUACUCACAACAGUGGAGAACAUGGGCAGCCUGUUUUAUCCAGUCAUCUUGGCGCCGAUAUAGGCGGAUGAAGCUUGACAAAUGUGUGCGUGACGGAGAAAAUAAACUUCAGAUCGCAUUGGCAAAAGAUGCUGGCACCUCUACAAGCUUUGAUGUUGGCCUUCAUAUGUCAAAAUUUACCACCAGAGCACUUGGAGCCCUGCGGAGGGAUCAUGCACGCUUAGCCAAAUCACCACCAAGAUUACCAGUUUAACUGUUUCACGAGGCCAGCUGAGCUAACCACCAGAGAUUGUGAAUGAGGUGUGGAUUUUCUUCUGAUUUUUAGAAAAUAUUCUGCUUCGUAUAACUCAGUUCAAGAGGUUUUUGUGUAUGGCUUAUACUUUUAACUUUAACAUUUGAUUAGAAGUAUGGUUGAUAUAGCUGUAACAGAAACAUUAUUUGGCUUUUAUAAUAUAUUUUUCUUUUAAAAUAGCAUUAUUAAUACUCGUAUUGAAAUUCAUAUGAUGAAAAUGGCAGCUAUCCAAAUCUUUCAUGACUGGUAACAAACUCUAAUUAUCAACACAUAAGGUCAAUUGCUGACAUACCAUUAUUAAGGAUUCUUUAUAUCAAUGUCAUUAUCAAUCAAACUGGAGGUGUGUGUCUGGAUAGAACUGAAUGGCAAUAAGUUAUAUUUUAUUUUUAAUUUUUUGAUGAUUAAGUUCAUUCAAAAGCAGCAAAAGGUGCUACCCAAGUACACACGGAGAUAAAGAGCAUAAUCAACGUAGAACGGGGUGUCGAUGAAUAUGGAGGCUGUUUGGACUGCCGAAUGGCUAAAUAAAGGGACUGACAUUUUUCAGAGUGGUUUUACAAGUCCAGUUCGAUUCACAGAGGUUUGACUGUCAAUAACAAGAAGCUUCACUUGUGAAAUACACUCCUUUCUCAGCCAAGUUCAUCUUUUAGGGCUCCGUUUCUGCAUUUUUCAGUAUUAGGUUGAAUUGUACCUAGCUUUAGCUAAUUUUUAGUAAUUAUCUUAUUUUAGUGAUUAGCUUCUUUUUUAUUAUUAUUAUUUUUUUUUUUUUUUUUUUGUGAUUUUUAGAAAUAUUGCCAAAUUGGCAUGCUUUUUUAUAGGAUUCCUUUUGUUUUCCGGAUAUUUUUCCCUAAAAAUAUACUGUAAAUUUGGUUUACACAUUUAUAAUAAUAUUUAAAUUUUCUCUGCAGCUUGUGUUUGAGAUAUAAUUUCCAUUCAACACAUAGUCAAACUAUAUA